UACAAUCCAAAUCUGGUGGUUUUUACUUUUGUGGCUAAUGACACUAGAUAUUUAGUUCAACAUUUUCUAAUGAAAUUCUUCAGUGUUCGAUAGUCAGGUUCCCCUCAGUAACAUAGUGAUUAAGUAGUCAGUUUCUCCCCAGCAACUUGUUCACCAAUUGGUCAAGCUAUUAUCAGGAGCUUGGUAACCAACCUGGUAAAGCUUUAUCUCUCACCUUAGUAACUAAUUGGUCAAGCAAUUCCCAGUAGAUUGAUAACAAAUUGGUCACCAACAAUGUAGCCAACUUUGUCACACUAUGUUUAGCUGCUUGGUAACCAGCAUCUUUUAAGGGCAGCUUGCUAACCAACUUAUCAAGCUAUUUUUGGCAGCUUGCUAACCCACUGGUCAAGCUGUCCUUAACAGUUCAGUAACCAACAUAGCUUUUAAGGGCAGCUUGGUAAUCAACUUGGUCAAGCUAUCCUGGGAAGCUUGGUAACCAACUUGGUCUAGUUCUGCCCAAAAGUCCUGUAACAAAUUUGGUAAUCUUUAUGAAGCUAUUCCCAGGAUUGUAGUAACCAACUAAUAAUAAAAUGGUCUCAGUAUUAUGGUCAUCAUUUAACGUUCACUUUCCAUGCUGGCAUGGGUUGGACGGUUUGACAUGGAGCUGGCUGGCAGGUAGCUGUCUGUUUCCACAGCUGGAUGACCUUUCUAAUGCCAAUCACUUAACAGAGUGUGCUGGGUGCUUUCUGCAUACCACUGGCACAGGUGCAUUUACACGGCGCCAGCAUGGGUGUGUUAGUGUAGCAUCAGCAUGGGUACCAGCCUGAAAGGACAAGCCUGUACAUGUGGAAAACAGCGAUUUUACUUAGCUUGACAUGUCUUAUUAAGUACAGCAAAUCACCACAUCUCCUGGUUCUUUGUCAUUUCCUCAGUGACUCCGAGUGACCGAAGAUCCUUUCUCACCACUUCAUCCCACCCUUUCCUGGGUCUCACGUGAGACGGACAGAAUUUGAUGAGACAGAUUUUCUAUGGUGUUUCCUGUUUCUGAGCAAGUUAAUAAUAUUUCCCAUGUCCAGACAUAUUAUUCUACAGAAGGCUGAAAAUGAACAUGUAUGAUGGUGAUGCUCAUUUACAACCCACACACAUAUAUGAAAAUAUUAGGUAAUGAAAAGGAGAUGAUGGAGUUACCAGCCAAACGGCCAAAAGUAGAUCUUCAAUGUCUACCAACAAGAGCUUACCUUGACCAAACUGUUGUCCCUAUUCUACUUCAAGGAAUGUCAGCAUUAGCAAAAGAAAGGCCUCCUAAUCCAAUUGAAUAUCUUGCUUCGUAUUUACUGAAGAACAAGAACCAGUAUGAGAAUUAAUGUUUUUUCUGGUGCCGUUACUUGACUUUAUAAUUUGUACAUAGCUGUGUAUAUCUUACUCUUCAUACAAGUGUAUUUAAAUAAACCAUGCCAAAUGUCA